AGGAAAGCAGAGUUAUUAUCUGAGCCCCGCGGGUUUCCUGGAGCCGUCCCUCUUUGCUUCCUCUCUUUCUCCCAGACACCGACAUGUCCAUGGAGGGCAAGGCCGCGGUGGUGACCGGAGCGGCGGCGGGGAUCGGCAGAGCGGCGGCCGAGAUCCUGCUGCAGAACGGUGCCAAGGUGGCCAUCCUGGAUGUGAAUGAAACCGCAGGGCAGAGUUUGGUGGAGGCCCUGAACAAGCAGCACGGAUCAGGAAAGACGGUGUUCCUGAAAUGUGACGUCGAAUCAGAGGAGCAGAUUAAAGCUGCCUUCCAGAAAGCUGCAGAAACCUUCGGAGGAAUAGACAUCUUGUGCAACAAUGCCGGCAUCAUGAAUGAGGGCACAUGGGAGAAAAUGGUCUCCAUUAACCUUAUGGGUGUCAUCAGGGGAACUUACGUCGCUCUGGAGCACAUGAACAAGUUGAGUGGAGGUCGAGGAGGAGUCAUCAUCAACGUAUCAUCCAUGGCGGGUAUCGGCCCUCUCCUGAGCUGUCCAGUCUACACAUCCACCAAGCACGGAGUGCUUGGCUUCACUCGGGCCAUGGCGGCUGCCUCUAAGGUUUCAGGCUACGGUAUACGGUUCAACGCCCUCUGCCCAGGUUUUGUGCAGACUGAACUGUUGGACGACAUGGCAACAAAACUGGGACAGUUCUCUCACCUGGCUGACCAUUCGAACCAAUUUCUUGAAACUAGUGGAGUUUUAAGUGUGUCUGAGGUAGCUCAGUGUUUCCUGGAGCUGGUGAAGGAUGAGACGAAAAAUGGAGAGGCGCUUAUGGUGUUCUCGAAAGGAAAAAAAUACAUGCAGUUUCCAUCAUUGAUGUCAAAGUAGCUUAUGGAUGCAAUAAUUAAGGUCAACAGUUAAACGGACUCCUGCUACCAGUGAAUAAUGCAUAAAUGUUAAAGCUGCAGUAUUCAUGCUUGUUAUUUUCUGCUCAAUCUGCUUCUUCACUAAUAUUUGUUCGUGUUUGUAAUCAUUAAAGCUGGUGUUCAAUAAACGAUGUAUAUAUUACCACACAUCAUACACAAUGUUGUAAUAGAAAUGCUAGAAUAUGGAGGAAAAGCAGUCAACAUGUGUGGCAUUUUUGAUUUUUAGAAUGACUAUUUUCCAAAAUAUGAUCUUGAUUGCAACAGUUGAAAUAGAACAGCGUUUAUAUAAUUUUGAUUAGGGCAUGAUUACAAAUAUGUUUUCUGGAGAUUUUUUUUUAUUGCUUUAGCAGAAUAAAACAAACAAACAA